UGCCUGGCGUUGGCACUCCCCACCCCUGCCCGGGCGCUGCCACCCCCCCGGCACAACCGGACCCACUGGCUGAGCCACUCUCGGGAGCUGCUGGCGGCUGCCAACGCCUCCCUCCACCGGCUGAAGGAGCCUGACACCCUGGGCUUUGAAUGUACCCUUGAAGAAAUUGAUCUUGAAGACAUCACCAAGAAUCAACUCAACACCAUCCAAGCUUGCAUAGCUCAGGACCCAGAGGCUGGAAACUGUCUGGGCCUGGAAAGAUCUUCUUUUGAUAUGAGCCAGUGCCUGCAGGGCAUCUAUGAGGAUCUGAAAGCCUACAGGGCAGAGCUGAAGAACCUCAGUGAUCAAAAGCUGCUGGCAACUAUUGAUGAUAUGAUGAGGGCCCUGAAGCCUAGCAGCAGCAUCCCACAGCCAUCAGUGAGUGCAGGGCAGAUGUCCUUCAAGGCGAAGAUGAAGCUCUGCAGCAUCUUCCACACCUUCCAAAUCCGCACGGUCACCAUCAACAGGGUGAUGAACCACCUCAGCUCUCCAGAGAGCACCCUCUGA